GGAGGAGGGGACCCCCCCUGAGGCGCGGUCACGUGAUCGGGCGAUGGGCACGGCGCUGGACGUGAGGGUGAAGCGGGCCGGGAAGGUCUAUCGCGAUGGGGAAGUUCUUUCUGGAGUUGUGGUCAUCACAAGUAAGGACACAGUCCAGCACCAGGGAAUCUCCUUAACCAUGGAGGGCUCAGUCAAUCUGCAGCUCAGUGCCAAAAGUGUGGGGGUGUUCGAGGCUUUCUACAACUCUGUCAAGCCUAUUCAGAUUAUCAACAGCACCAUUGAAAUGGUGAAACCAGGGAAGCUUCCCAGUGGCAAGACAGAAAUUCCCUUUGAAUUCCCACUGCACAUGAAGGGGAACAAGGUCCUGUACGAGACAUACCAUGGGGUGUUUGUCAACAUCCAGUACACCCUGAGGUGUGACAUGAGACGGUCUCUGCUGGCGAAGGACCUGACCAAGACUUGUGAGUUCAUUGUCCACUCCCUGUCCCAGAAGGGGAAGCUGCUGCCCAGCCCUGUGGACUUCACAAUCACUCCUGAAACUUUGCAGAAUGUUAAAGAGUCUGCUCUUCCAGUGGUGCCUGGACUGGAUGAUCCUUGUGGGUCCCUUCCAGCUCUGAAUACCCUUGUGAUUCCAUCUUUCCAGAGAGCCUCCCUCCCCAAAUUCCUGAUCAGAGGGCACCUCAAUUCCACCAACUGUGUGAUCACCCAGCCCCUGACGGGGGAGCUGGUGGUGGAGAGCGCCGAGGCCGCUGUGAAGAGCAUCGAGCUGCAGCUGGUCAGAGUGGAGACCUGUGGCUGUGCCGAAGGUUAUGCCAGGGACGCCACCGAGAUCCAGAACAUCCAGAUCGCCGACGGCGACGUCUGCAGGGGCCUCCCCAUCCCCAUCUACAUGGUGUUCCCCAGGCUCUUCACCUGCCCCACCCUGGAAACAACCAACUUCAAAGUUGAGUUUGAAGUGAACAUCGUGGUCCUUCUGCACGACGACCACCUCAUCACUGAGAACUUCCCCCUCAAGCUCUGCAGGAUGUGAAGACCCAGCCCAGGAUUCCCUGGAAAAGGCCCCCAUUCCUCAGAGGAAAAGUGGAACUUUAUCCACGCUGACAGCCCACCUGGACUUCCCAACCCAGGCAGCCUUGGCAGGUGUCCUCCUGCCUUCAACCACCCUGUUAUCCCAAAUUUUCCUCAGGCAAAUCCUGAAGGAACGAUGUUGCAGCUUUCUGCAACUGGUGUAAGUAUGGAGGAAGUUUCUCUCCUUAUUUAAUUCCAUCAUAUUUGUUCCAGAAUCCUUUGAAGACCCCUUACACCUGUUGAAUCCUGUUCUAUCCAUAGUGGGAGGGCAUGGGAAUUGUGAUAUCAUGAUAAAUUGGGGUUCUGAAGGGUUAAAAAAAUUGGUGCUGCAACACUGGGAGGUGCUGCUGUGGGACCACCCCUCAAGGUGGGGGUGAAAUAAGUGAAGUGAAUCCCAGGAAAUUUGGGUCAGAUUGGGAACAUGAGAGGCUGCUCAGUUAUAGGGUGUAAUUCCAGGGGUGGCCCUGGUGGUUUAGGGGAGAAACAGCUGGAAUUUUUAUUUCAGUGUCUUACUGGGGGAAAAAAAGUGCUAUUUAAAUAAAGCUUGACACUUUGCCCUAAGA